CAUUGUUUAUCAUUAAACAGAGAUGAAACCUUUAACGAGCAAACUCCUAAGGAAACCAAAUAGUUCGCAAACAAAACAAGAGCUUUUGCGCUGAGUAAUUUGAAUGGCGAGUGUGAGGUCAGAGUAUGAUGACAAGAAUCUGAAGAAGAAUGCAUUUUCAGGACGACUUCUAAGGCUCGAAUUGGAUCGUUUAGACAACCAGAAGGAUCAAAUUUCGAAGCAAUUUCGACACGAGAAAGAUCAACUUAGAAAACAGCUUGCAGAAGGAGAGGGAAUUCUUAAAUUAAAACAUUCAGAUCCAGCCGAAAUUACUUUGCCAUUGUCAUCAACAGAUAGGAAGAAACUAAGUCCUGGAUUUGCUCGUAAGUUAAGUGUAUCUCAGAUCAAUGUUUUGCCUCAAAUAGUGGCCCCACAGCCUCCACCUGAGAUUUCUAAGGUAGCCUUACUUUCACCGAGACCCAAUAGACGUCGAUUAUCGCUACCACCUACGAUUGCACCACAGGAAAGUACACAUUACGAGUGUGGAAAUGAAAGAAAAAGAUCACAGGACAAUCUAACUGUUCCCAAGUUACUCCAAAGAAGAGCCUCGGCAAGCAACGCUUUGCAAAAGGACAGCGAGGAUAUCACAGGACGAAUCAAUGAUUUUUUUCAGAGACUAAGUAAAUCUAGUGAAAAUGUUAACAUUGAAUAUCAGAGUAGCAAGAAAGAAGAAUUGAAGUGGGAGCAUGAAACCAAAACACAAUGUUCUGAUUAAGAAGUGUUGUGACAAGCAUAUCCUAGAUACCGACGAUUGUCAAAACACUGCUGUAUCUUUCUGACAAAUAUCUCCCGGGUGACAAGUUCAGUAAAAAAAAUGUAAUUAAAUCCUUAUCAGAUUUCAAUAGAAUACAAUCAAGCGACAUAUAUUACCUCCAUAUAGGCUGUAUUACUUUCGGAUAGUAUUUUGAAUCAUGAAUAAUUUACGUCAGUGUUUGACGGAAAGAUGCAACACAUGAUU